AACUGGGCGGUUCCUGGGUGAUCUCCAGUGCUCCUAAGAGCUACCUUCUGACCCGCCUUCCUGCAGCAACCUAACCUCCAAGGCAAACUCCAACACACGCUGGAGGUGCCAGGUGACCAGCUUGAGGAGCGAGCAGGAUGACAUCUGUCAAUGUGAGCAGCAAGCCACCGUUCUUCAGGCCGUUUGCAGAAGCAGCCCCGGGGCAGCAGGACAAAGCCAGUGUCGAGGGACACGUGGCUGGGAGCUGUCCUUCGGCACUGGACAUGGCCCAGCCUGAAGUGGCCGAGAAGAAAGGCAAUCCGAGCUGGGAAAGAGAGCCCGAGAACCGAAAUUACCUGCAUCCAACUGAGGGCUUCCCCCAUGAAGGGCUGAGAGCCAGGCCAGGCCAGGAGCAGAAACCAGCCAUGUCUUACAUCGCGUUGAUCGCCAACGCGAUUCUAACUUCCCCCAACAAGAAACUCAACCUGGGCUCCAUUUAUAAAUACAUCGAAGACACGUUCCCCUACUACAAAGGUCGCGGCCAAGGUUGGAGAAACAGCGUUCGUCACAAUCUCUCUCUCAAUGAGUGUUUCAUUAAAGCAGGGAGGUGUGAGGAUGGCAAAGGGAACUACUGGAGCAUCCAUCCCUCCAACCUCGACGAUUUCUCCAAAGGAGAUUUCAGACAGCGCCGGAGGUGCCGGAGGAGGGGGCGAGCGAAGGAGCUGCCCGUGAUUUACCCGAGCUGUCCGUUCCCGGUGGAGCCCCUGGCCCUGAACUCGCUGUACUCUCCGUACACCGAGCAGGAGCGCAGGGCGUACCGGCUGGAUGAGGUCUUGUACAGGCAGUACAUCAGCAACCCCUUCUGGAGGUGGUACCACAGCUGCAGGAACCCUGCAGGCUCUGGCUGCGACACUGGCCUCAACACAGGGGCUCAGUGGCAGGGCUUGGGGGAGAAUGGUCCCCCUCCAAACUUCUUCAAAACUCUCAACAACUGACCAGUGGAGAAAGCCCAGACUUCCUUGGACCCUUCAGCCCAUCGGCACAGAGGCAGCAUUAAUAGCUCUAUAACUAACUCCAAGAUUUUUCGGUGUGUGUGUGUGUAUAAAUGUGAGAAUGAAGUUCUAUACUGUGACUGCUCACUCGAUGCUGGGAAUGAGUAAGGGCAGCAAUCUCCCAUACUAACACCCAGGGCUUCCCUGGCGAGUGCGGUCACAUCAACUUAAACAGUUCAAUCCGAGGCACCGAGCUCCUGUCCACAAAGUGAGAAAGAUUUGACAAGGACCUCCGUGACAAACUGUCGGUUCAGUUUUUUUUUCCGAACACUUGCUCUCCAAUGAAUUCAGUGAAAUGAACUGUUAAGUGUUACAUCCAAACGAAACUGCCGUUUUCCUAUCCAUAUCCAAAGGGAUGCGCCACUCGAUUGUUCCUGAAUGAUUCCGCAGCUCAGCUCUGCAACCUGUUGAUUGAU